AUGGCGAAGAGCACAAACGGGUCCCAGCGUUCCCGUGCAGCACGGAGGGCAGCGUCCCCGAGUCUCGACCUUGACAAGUCGGUGACUUCGCUUCCCCGAGCGGAAUCUCCUACCACAACAAGGCCUUCGGUUCUGGCUGACCGUGCCACUUCCGGUAUCCAGAAAAAGCAGAAGAAAAACGACAAGGUUUCAAGGGCUCAGCGAUUAAGGCAACAAAAGGGAAUGGACCGAGCUGAGGCCGUGAUGGAUCAAUUGGAAAUCAAGAAGGCUAAAAGUCUGGCUCGCGGCAGGACCGUCAACUCCCGAAGAGCUGAUUGGGAGGAUACCAACCGCAAAACCUUGGCCUUCAACGCUCUUCAACAAGCUGACGACGACGAGGAUGACGAGGAUGACGAUGCGAUGGCCGAAGAUUCUGCACCUGCCAAGAUUGCUGUUGCAAAGAACGUCUUUCAAAUCGCAACUGAAGGCUCCAAUCCCGCAACUAACGACUCUACGACUGUCGAUGAAACCGACGAGAUCACCUGA